UUUCACCAUAUGAUGGUUGCCAGAAAAGGAGUCGCUGAGCAGGUGUCACAAAGAAAAGAAAAGGAAGCUGUCAGCAACAAUUUAUUUGUUUCUCCAAAACCUUUCUCGGUCUACAAGAAGUCACUUGAGGAAGCUCUAAAAGAAAUCAAAAAUGAUUUGGUAAAAGAAGAAGGGUUAAAUUGGCCGAUUUCAGAUUCCCGAAAGACAAAACAAACUGGUUCUAAACUCGGUGUUUCGUUUUCACAUGGUCCAGUAGAGUUUGAGGACGCUCCCUUCGUUAACAGCAGACAGUGCUUUCUGAGGUGUCCCCAUCGUGCCUCAAACAACAAGAAACCUGCUACAAAUGAUAAAGGAAAGCAGCGCAUAAGAAAGCUAACAAUUAAAAGUACAAACUGUAAAGCAGAGAUACGUCUUUAUGAAUACAAAGUUUUUACAAUUAACCGGUCGUACAUCGAAAAAUAUCAAUAG